AUGUCUCCCCACGACAUUACCGACGGCGAACCACCCGAGAUCGACCCUUACGAGGUUCUCGGGCUGGAACGCACGGCAACCGCCGAUCAAAUCAAGUCAGCCUACCGCAAGGCGGCCCUCAAAACGCACCCUGACAAAGUCUCGGACAACAAGAAGGAAGAGGCCAAGGUCAAGUUCCAGCAGGUCGCUUUUGCCUAUGCCGUGCUCUCGGAUCCAGUCCGUCGUAAGCGCUACGACGAGACAGGCUCGACAUCGGAGGCCGUUGUCGAAACGGAAGACUUCAGCUGGGCCGACUACUUCCGCGAGCAAUAUGCAGAUGCCAUCUCGGAGGAAGCCAUCAAGCAAUUUGCGGCCCAGUACAAGGGCUCCGAUGAGGAGCGCGAUGACCUACUGGCGGCGUACGAGGAGUUCGAGGGCGACAUGGACAAGGUCUACGAAACGGUGAUGCUAAGCGACGUGCUUGAGGACGAUGAACGCUUCCGCAAGAUCAUCGAUGCCGCCAUCAAAGCCAAAGAAGUCCCCGCUUUCCCAAAGUAUACCAAGGAGACCAAGAAGACCCGCGAGGCACGCGUCAAAGCAGCCAAAAAAGAGGCGGAAGAAGCCGACAAGUUGGCCAAGGAGCUAGGUGUUUACGAGAAGCUGCGCGGUACCGGCAAGAAGAGCAAGAAGGACACCGAAGCCGACUUGGCCGCGUUGAUUCAGGCCAGACAGGUGUCGCGCAUGGAUGCUCUCGACCGGCUGGCUGAGAAGUACGGUGCUAUACCCAAUGCUGUCAAGGGGAGCAAAAAACGUAGCGCCAAAGACUUGGAGCCUGAUAUUUCAGAGGAGGAAUUCCAAAGGAUCCAGAAGGAGAUGAUGAGAAAGAAGCGCAAGUGA